GCAUUAUACUAUUUUAAAUCUUUGUAUGAGGGUACGGUCUUGGUAGUUAUUGUUUAGGUAAAUAGAAUUAUUACAGCUACUUUGGAAUAUUGUAUAAUUUGUUCAGAAUGGACAUUAUCAGGGACGAAGAUCCGCAUGAUUUGAGCAAGCGUGGGGGUCGUCUAGAUAUGAGCCAUGGUUUCCUCCACCAUAUUCGGCGGAAUCAGAUUGCGAGAGACAGUUAUGAUAAGGAGGUGAAAAACGCCAAGGAACUCCAGCGAAAGGUCGCUGCCCCUCCAAGACGCCCCCGUCGGCCGGACAUUGCGGUCUACAACCCCCGCAGGAGAGAUGAAUCCGAGUCCGGCGGGGGUGUGGAGACCGAGGAGUGGAACGACAGCGGGUCCAGCACAGAGACGGAGACCCCAGGAACCGAACUGUUCUGGCUGGAUUACCAGGACGACUGUGGCACCAUCACAUCCUUCAUCGUCCACAAGGAGGAUAAACCAGAUGACGUGGUGAAGCGUGUGGUGGAUAAGAACGACCUGGACCCCGCUAUGAGGGCCGCGCUCAGGCUCCGGGUUCGAAAAGAAAUGGACAAAAGGCGAGACAAGCGCUGAAUUGAAGAGUUAGGAGAGUACUUCUUUUAACAAAGGGAAAAUGAGCAGUGGAGAAUCACUCACACAUUCUAAGUUCCUGGUGGCUGUAGUAGGUCACAUCAAUGACAUAAGGACGGCCGUGGUGGACUGAAGUUCAGUGUGCCGCAGGCUGAGCACUAGAAGGAGAUUUCACCGUGAGGGGGAGAUUUUUAGUAUGGACGGCUCCUAGUUAAUAAGUUAAGAGCACUUAUUAGAUACAGCACAGAUGGAGGUGGAUCGGUUUACUGUUACCUCAGAAUAUGAGCCGCCUUUCGAGAGACUGCAUGUUCAGCUCCAUGAGCUGGAAGUCAUGGGGUUGACCUUUGGGAAAGACCAGGCGAGUUUUGGAAGCUUUUUUGCUUUGGAUUUUGUUGUGUACUUUGUUUUCUAAGAUAUAGUUACUUUGUCCUGAUGGGUUCUCCUUUCCGGAACAGAAAAUGUCUAUGAUUAUAGAAAUACGACCCAUUCACCUGUAAGAACCUCCAUGUCUUUAUUCAUGUGUGCAUUUAGUUAUAAUUCCCUCUUAUUUUUUAAGACCUUUUGGAGUAAGUGAAUGUUAUCUGGUUGUUGCUUUAUUAUUUGAUGCUAUGAGUUUCAUUGUCUACUUCGUUCUUAUUUAUUAAAUAUUGUUGAUAUAUUUUUCUUUA